GAAGAAGAAGAAGUGUCAUUCGUCCUCCGAUGUCGAUUUUCGUGGGGCCCCUUUUAUGACAAUUUUUCGGGUGAAAAGUUGAUAGAAAGUGAGAUAAAAUGGACACACGGAAGCUUACCGACCUCCUGCGGGCCACCAUGGACCCGAGCCAGCAGCAGCAGGCCGAGGAGCAGCUCAAUCAAAUCCACAAGAUAAUUGGCUUCGUGCCCACACUGUUGCGGAUUGUCAUGCAGAAUGACUUGGAUUUGCCGGUGCGACAGGCUGGCGUGAUUUACCUGAAGAAUCUGAUCACGCAGAACUGGCAAGAUCGCGACACGGAGCCGGGGACGCCGAUGGUGUACUCCAUCCACGAGCAGGAUCGCGCCAUGAUUCGCGACAGCAUUGUUGAGGCGGUGGUUCACUCGCCGGACAUCAUAAGGGUGCAGCUGUCGAUCUGUGUGCAUCACAUAAUCGUGUGCGACUUCCCGGGACGGUGGACACAGAUUGUGGACAAGAUAAGCAUCUAUCUGCAGAAUCCGGACGUGAAUGGGUGGACGGGAGCGCUGAUAUGUCUGUAUCAGCUGACGAAGAACUAUGAGUACAAAACGGCCAAGGACAGGACGCCACUGACGGAGGCGAUGAACCUCCUGCUGCCGAUGAUGUACCAUCUGAUGGUGAAUCUGAUGCAGGACCCGGCGGAGCAGAGUGUUCUGCUGCAGAAGCAGAUCCUCAAGAUCUAUCAUGCUCUCACGCAGUACUCACUGCCGCUGGAUCUCAUCUCGCGCGAGACCUUCUCACAGUGGAUGGAAGUGUGCCGACAGAUUGUGGACCGGCCGGCGCCCGACUCCAGUCACAUUGACGAGGAUGAGCGUCCGGAGAUGGCGUGGUGGAAGGUGAAGAAGUGGGCGAUGCACAUAAUGGUGAGGAUGUUCGAGCGCUACGGCAGUCCAGGUCAUGAGAUCAUCAAGGACUACCAGAAGUUCGCCACAUGGUUCCUGCCCACGUUCACCACGGGCAUUCUGGAGGUGCUGCUCAAGGUGCUGGAUCAGUAUCGCAACAAGAUUUACGUGUCGCCGCGCGUCAUCACGGACAUCUUCAACUAUCUGAAGUUGGCCAGCGAGCAGGCGUACUCGUGGAAGCUCAUCAAGCCCCACAUGGUUGUGCUGAUUCAGGAUGUCAUCUUCCCCAUAAUGUCCUACACGGAUGCCGAUCAGGAGCUGUGGGAGACGGAUCCGUAUGAGUACAUCAGGGUGAAGUUCGACGUGUUCGAGGACUAUGGCUUUCCCGUGCCGGCGGCGCAGGGAUUCCUGCUGGUGAGCUGCAAGAAGCGCAAGGGCAUCCUGCAGAAGACCAUGCAAACGGUGAUGACGAUGCUGACGCAUCCCAAUUCCGAUGCCAAGCAGAAGGACGGUGCGCUGCACAUUGUGGGCACGCUGGCGGAGGUGUUGCUGAAGAAGAAGAUGUUCAGGGACCAGAUGGAGACGCUGCUCACGAACUACGUGUUCCCGGAGUUUGCCAGUCCCAAUGGGAUGUUGCGCGCGAGGGCGUGCUGGGUGACGCACUACUUUCACGAGAUCAAGUUGAGCAAUCCGCAAGUGCUGGCGGAGAUCAUGCGACUGACCUCGACGGCGCUGCUCACGGACAAGGAGCUGCCGGUGAAGGUGGAGGCGGCCAUAGCGCUGCAGAUGUACUUGACCACUCAGGAUCACUCGCACAAGUACAUUGAGGCGCAAAUCAAGCCGAUCACCAUGGAGAUCCUCACGAUAAUACGCGAGACACAGAAUGAGGAUCUCACGAAUGUGAUGCAGAAGAUUGUGUGUACUUACUCGGAGCAGCUGCUGCCCAUCGCCGUGGAGAUCUGCCAGCAUCUCGCCACGACGUUCAGUCAGGUGCUGGAGUCGGAUGACAGCAGCGACAGUCGUGCCAUAACAGCCAUGGGAUUGCUCAACACCAUCGAGACGCUGCUGUCGGUGAUGGAGGACCAUCCGCAGAUCAUGUCGAAUCUCCAUCCGAUUGUCAUUCGCGUGGUGGGUCACAUCUUCCAGCAAAGCGUGAUUGAGUUCUACGAGGAGGCGUGCUCACUUGUGUAUGACCUCACGGCCAAGGUCAUCACGCCGGACAUGUGGCAGAUGCUGGAGCUCAUCUACCAAGUGUUCCAGAACGAUGGCUACGACUACUUCGUCGACAUGAUGCCCGCGCUGCACAACUACGUCACGGUGGACACGGAGGCCUUUCUAUCCAAUCAAAAUCACCUCAUUGCCAUGUUCAACAUGUGCAAAUCCAUACUGACAGGAGACCCUGGUGAGGAUCCCGAGUGCCAUGCCGCCAAGCUGCUCGAGGUUAUCAUUCUGCAGGCCAAGGGUCGCAUCGAUCAGUGCAUCCCGAGCUUCGUCGAGCUGGCGCUGAGUCGUCUCACCAGGGAGGUGAAGUCAUCGGAAUUGCGCACCAUGUGUCUCCAGGUCGUCAUCGCGGCAUUGUAUUACAAUCCGACACUUCUUCUGUCCAUCCUGGACAAGAUGCAGUCACAGCUCCAGCAACCGAGCACAGAGUCAAUUUGUUCGCACUUUAUCAAGCAGUGGCUUCACGAUACGGAUUGCUUCUUGGGAAUCCACGAUAGGAAAUUGUGCGUUCUGGGACUCUGCACGCUCAUGUCGAUGGGCGAAGCACGUCCGCCGGUGCUGAAUGAGCUGGUGGCACGCAUUCUGCCCGCUCUCAUUCUGCUCUUCGAGGGUCUCAAGCGUGCCUAUCAAGUGCGCGCUCAGGAAGCGGAAGAGGAGGAGAGUGAGGAUGAUGAUGAUGAUUGCGAAGAGGCGCUGUCGAGUGAUGAGGAUGAUCUGGAUGAGGCGAAUCCCAACUUCCUGUCCAAUCUGGCGGGGAGAAUUAAGGAGAAGGGAGCGAAUCACAAUUUUGAAUUCACAGAAGUCCUCAAAGAUGCCGACGAUGACGACUCAGAUGGGAAUGCAGAUGAUGAGUUUAGCAAUGAGAUCGAUGAGACUGCUCUCGAGAGUUACACAACGCCUCUCGACGAUGAAGAAGAUCCUCAGACGGUGGACGAAUACAUUACAUUUCACGAUGUCUAUCAGAAUUUAGCUAAAGUUGAUGGCUCAUGGUACGAAGCGCUGAACAGGUCGCUGAGACCUGAACAGAUGCAAGCAAUAAAUGAAAUUCUCCUUCUGGCCCAGCAGAAAAGACAUCUCAAACAGUCGAAGCAGAUCGAAAAGAGUGGCGGUUACGCAUUCACGCAACAAACUAUUCCGACGUCUUUCAACUUUAGUGGAUCAUAAAAGUUCGACUACAACGUUUUUCUUUUCUAAUUAAUUUUUUUUUGUCUUAAUUAAGCAACAAAAUUGUGGAUGACGAUGAAAGGUGAAGAAGAAAAAAUAGUCCGAGAGAAAGAAAGAGAGAGAGAGAUGGUAGGAUAGUUAUUGUUAAAUAUUGAACAGAAAGAUUGCUUUUUAAUAAGAGUGAAAACAACAAAAAUGAUUAAGAGAGAGAGAGAAAAAAACCAAAAUUUUACACACAAGAAAAACAAAACACAAAAAUAGGACGAGAAAAAAAAUUAUUUUCUAUAGGAAUCCAACAAAUCUAUCCUUUUUGCUUAAAUGAUUCGUUUCAAAAUAAGUGGGAAAUGUGCAUGUUUUCCACAAUAUUUUUUUUUAAUAUUCGUUGUUGAACAUGAUUAAAUAGUGCGUAAAAAAAGUGUAGGUUUUCUUUAUAAUUUGCAAAAAUUUAAUUUCUUCUCACUGAUAUUUUAAUUGAUUUGUAAUUUUUUUUUAAACUGUACAGAUAUUUUUCUGUUUCAAAAUAUCCUCUUUUUCCUAUCUUUAAUAGACAGAUGAAGAAGAAAUUAUAUGAAGAGAAGAAAAAGUGUAUGUAAAAAAAAAAUUGUAGCAGAGAAAGAGAAAAUAUUUUACGAGAGGUAUAAUUUUUAAAGGAAAUAACGAAGAAUUACAGAUGUGAAGAAAAAUACCAACUCUUUAGAUAUCUUUUAGGGAUAAAUAAAUGAGCGAAAAAGAUGAUAAGAAAAAAAUGAGAAGAACAGAUGCUUGUAAUAAAUGAAAUUAUAAACUAUUUAUGUAUACUUUUUCUAUUCUCUUUAUUUACGACAUUUAAAGUUUUUAUGUUUCUUUUUUUUGAAGUUUCUUCCCUUAAAACACUAAUUCUUGUAGAAUUUUCUCAUCAAGUCAUUAUUACAGAUUUAUUAUUUACACUAAAUCCAUUUUCUUUUCUUCUACAUUCUAAUAAAAAUAUACCUUUUUUUAUUUAAAACUCUCUAAAUAUCUAAUAAUUAUUAUUUCUUCCUCUUUUCUUCAAAUAUUUUGAUUAAAUACUUUUUU